AUGAAGCUGAAAGAGAAAGAGGCCCUAGAAGAGGAAAACGAGAGGAGGUAUAAUCUGGACAUGAUGGAAAAACAUGGACAGAUCCCAGCAUCACCAGUCUCUCCAUCCAAUCAAGGAACCCUCAGCUUGGACAAGUUGUGUCCUGCAUACGGAAAGGUCUGUGUGUUCCCCAAGGGGUCCAACGAUGCAUGUGCCAUCCUGUCGCCAAGGCUGGAGCAGAGCUUCACCAUGUUCCUGAGAUCCUUCAGCCAGCUGGCCCAGCCCUACGGCCUCUUCUCCUAUGUGAAGAACAUGGAGAAGCUGCAGCUUUGGCUCCUCGUCCUCAUUGGCCUCUCGGGAGCUGUCACCCAGACAGAUCUACACGGCAAAGUGUUCGUGUUCCCUAAGGCGUCUGCAACUGCCCACGUCAUCCUGAAGCCGAGGCUGGAGCAGCCGCUGUGGAACGUCAGUGUGUGUCUGAGAUUCGGGUGCGACCUGACCCGGGCCUACAGCCUCUUCUCCUACGCCACCAAGGCCAAGGACAACGACUUCCUCCUCUUCAAACCCAAGCCCGGGGAGCUCAGACUGUACGUCGGAGGCGAACUCGUCACCUUCAAAGUCCCAGAAAGAACAGACACAAGCACUGGGUGGGUGCACGUCUGUGCCAGCUGGGAGUCCGCCACCGGCAUAGCCGAGCUCUGGGUGAACGGGAGCCCCUUACCCAGGAAGGGGCUGAAGAAAGGCUACUCUGUCAGCAACCAGGGUGUGCUUGUCCUGGGGCAGGAGCAGGACACCCUGGGGGGUGGGUUCGACAUGAAUCAGUCGUUUGUUGGGGAAAUCACAGAUGUGUACAUGUGGGACACUCUGCUCUCCCCGGAUGAAGUUAGCCUUGCCAUGAGCAAUGGGGUCCUGCCUCAUCUCGUCCUUGACUGGAGAACCCUGAGCUACGAGACCAAGGAUUAUGUUGUCAUUAAACCCAGCCUGCUCCCAGUGUACUGA